AUGCACAUCCCCAAGCUCGCCCUCGUUUCCGGCCUCCUCACCCACGCUACAGCCGGGUACCUCGACUGGCGCACGCACACCGUCCACGGCGUGAACCUCGGCGGCUGGCUGUGUCAAGAAUCCACCAUCGACACGACCUGGUGGGCCGCCAACUCCCUCGGGGCCCCAGACGAAUGGGGCCUCUGCGCCAACCAGGGCUCCAAAUGCGGUUCUAUUCUCGAACGGCGAUACGCAACUUUCAUCACGCCCAAGGAUAUCGACACCCUACACGAAGCGGGGAUCAACACCCUCCGCAUCCCCACGACCUACGCCGCUUGGCUCAAAGUCCCCGGGUCGCAGCUCUACACGGGCAACCAGCUUUCGUUUCUCCGGGAUAUUUCGACCUACGCGAUCACGAAGCACGACAUGCACGUCAUCAUCGAUGUCCAUUCCCUUCCUGGCGGGGUGAACGGGAUGCCUUUCGGCGAAGCAGAGGGACAUUACGGAUGGUUCCAUAACGAGACGGCAAUGAAGUACUCUCUGAACGUGAUCGACGAGGUUAUCGACUUUGUGCAAACUUCCGAACAUCCAGACGGGUACUCUAUCGCGCCGAUCAACGAGCCAGUCGAUAACAAAGAUAUGUCAGCGUUUGGCUCGCCGGCCGCAUUGUCAGACGAAGGAGCAGCCUGGACACUAUCUUACAUCCAGUCGGUGAUCUCCAAGGUUGAGAAAGUAAACGCGAAGAUUCCCAUCGUUUUCCAAGGCAGCUUCCGUCCCGAGAGUUUCUGGUCUCCCAACUUUAAGAAUACUACGAACCUCGUGUUUGAUGUCCACAACUACUAUUUCGCCGGAAGAGGAGCCACAGGAGCAAACAUCACCGAAUAUAUCUGUGAAGACGCGAUCGCCUCAGCAGGAGACGGCAAGUUCCCGACGUUUGUGGGCGAGUGGUCGAUCGAGGCUGAGAAGGCCAAUACGCUGGCCGGGCGUCAGAGGGCCCUGAACACGGGGCUUUAUGCGUUUGAAGAACACACGAGGGGAAGUUCGUUCUGGACGGCCAAGUUCUCGGGCAAUGCGACAGUGAGUGGGGAGGGAAGGCAGAGCGAUUAUUGGAAUUAUAUGACAUGGAUUGAGGAAGAUAUGAUCGACCCGGAGGAGGGAAAGAGUGUUUGUUGA